GACUACGCAGCGACGCCGCGUUCUAGACGAAAGAUUCUCACACGGACGCAACGUGAACGGGAACAUAACAUUUAAACGUCUAACGCGGUUUUAAGUCCAGAUGCACUGUGGGUUGCCUGUUUUUAGGGGUUUUGUAGAUCGGAUAGCCUACCUAACAGGCGGUGUCGUAAGAAUCGACAAGGGGGCGAUUUAGACUGCCGGGGAAGGCCAUCGCCACCACCACCACCACCACCCCCUUGGGAAGUUUUACUUCUGACCUGUGACCUUUUGUAAUUUUUAUUUGCUGGUCAUGCACUUCAGGACCUACAGUAUUGGCGCAUUUAAUUUGUCCAUUACUGCGCCUACGUCAAAUGUGUUUCAAUGCGCUCGAUGCUACUCCGGAUAGCCACACAUGUUACCAUGAAAACCUUAGAAAUUAAAAGACAAAAGGGUUUUAGCAAGCUUUUCUCAAGGAGCAAGGAGUAAGUUUCAACGUUUAGUUUCAAACGCUUAAACCGUCCCGCGCGUCCUGCGCGCCCGCUCCCGUUUUACUCCCGUGUGCUCAACUGCACGACAGAGGCCAGAGGCCUUUGUUACCGUCGUCUGAAGUGUAUUUUCAUGAAAACUUCUUCAAAACAGAUGCAAAUGUUUUGCUUUUUCGUGGGCUUGACGUCUCAGUUCCCCAGAACAUUUUCAUUGGAGUAAUAUUUUCUCCAAGUAACAGGUCUUUAUGCUUGUUUUAGUGCCCGAGGAUGUUUGAGGAUGUUAUGUCCUGUUUGCCGCAGAGUGACUUAACCUAGCUGCAGGCGUUGGAAUGUCAAAAUUGACGCUGUUUUUCACCUCCUCCCGAGGAGGUAAAGAAAUUUAAGCCCUUAACAGGACUUAAGGUCUGCAGCAAUUAUGAUUACAAAAACAAUCAUUUCUUAUUGUGGUAGAUUACCCACACUAUUUGCUAUUCUAUUUAUAGCAACAUUUUGCCAUGCUGAGAAAUACAAUCUUUUUGGGAAGCCUGGUGAUGGAUACUAUGUAGAGACUCUGAUAGGAACACCACCUCAAAGUUUUAAUGUCCUUGUGGAUACAGGCAGUACAAAUUUUGCCAUAGCAGCAGCUCCAUUCCACAGUGUGGACUCAUAUUUCAAUCAAUCUUUAUCAAGUAGUUUUGUUACUCAACAUGUGGAUGUGUCAGUUAUGUACACUCAAGGCUACUGGAGGGGAGAAUUGGGAAAUGAUAUUAUUGAAUUCCCAUCAUUAGAGAUCCCGGGUAUUAGAACCGCAGUUGCUGCUAUUCAAACGUCCCAUAAUUUCUUUCUGAACGGCUCCAUGUGGCAGGGAAUUCUGGGUCUUGCUUAUCCAAUGAUUGCCAAGCCUGAUGACAAAGUAGUUUCCUGGUUAGAUUCAUUUGCUGCAUUGAACAAUUUUAAUGUUGCAUUUCUACUUGAACUCUGUGGAUCAAAGGAUGGUGAGGACACACAUGUUGGCAAAUUUGUCAUGCUACACACAGAUGAUACACCACAACCUCCAGUUUUGCGGUCACCUAUUAUCCGUGAAUGGUUCUAUGAAAUUUUGUUGACUAAAAUUGAAGUAGGUGGCGAAUCUGUAAAGCUACCAUGUCACGAAUUGAACACUCGUCGAACUAUUGUUGACAGUGGUACAACCAACCUGCGUUUACCAGAAAAAGUAUUUAACAGUGUUUUAGAACUAUUGCAUAAGCAAGUUGCACAAAAUUUGUCAGAGGAGUUUUGGACUCAACAGAAAGUCACUUGUCUCCAUGAAGAUUCUGACCCCCACCAUCUAGACCUACGCCACUUUUUCCCCAAUAUUCGUCUAUCACUAAUGCAGACUGAGCAUUCUUAUUUUACCCUAGAGUUGGAACCAAAAUCUUAUAUUCGAAGAGUAGAAGGACCUGAUCAUUCUUUCUGCUAUAAGUUUGGUAUACAGCCAUCAGAUUCUGGAUCAGUGCUUGGAACCGUUGUCAUGCAAGGCUUCAAGGUUGUUUUUAACCGUUCUGAUAAGACUGUUGGUUUUAUGAGAUCACUUUGCGGACCAUCAGUGAGCAUCUAUGGUCCAACUGAGGUUAAAGAAGAUCUUACUAAAUGUGCUCAUCAACCCAUUUCUCCAGUCCUGGGUGCUCUAUCUAUUGUAGGAUAUGUUGUGUCAGUUUUGCUUGGUGUGGUUGCUGUCAUAGUUGUGUACUUUCUCAUAAAAUGGUUAUGGGAAUCUUACCUUCAAAGACCAGACUGGAGCUCGCUUAGUCAAUCAAAUCUACUGUCACAAGAGUAAAUGACCGCAGAGCAGCUACCGUAAUUGGUGCAAAACAUGCUUUUGAAGUUGCGAUUCAAUUACCUGAAGUUGUGCUUUCUUAACCUUGAUAUCAAAUAUGAUAUUGCAAAGUGAUAUUAUUCUUUAGUUUUUGUUUUAUAGAAAUGGCAUAGGGCUAUAAGUCAUUCAGUUAUGGCAUCCCAUCUCCAUGUAGAUGCUCAUGUUAUUUUUUUUAUUCUAAAUGACAGCACCUGUUGAUAAUGCAUUCCAUUUGCAUUGUUUUUCUUUAUAUUUGGAUUUCUUCCUCUUCUUUUCAGUACAUUCAUGAUACACAGAAGCACAAAGGAGGUGGUUUGGUAAAAUUAAGCUUCUUCCUUUAGUGGUUUUCUAGUCAUAUUAAUUUAGGUGUUGAAAACAUAAUGAACAAAUUUUAGCAAUUGUUUAAAUGUUUUGUGAUCCUCAAUUAAUAAGAAAAGUGCACUGUACUUUCAAACAAUUAAUUGUGUUAUUUAUCAGAGUGGCAUUUCUAUUUUCUCCAUUACCAUCUCAUACCACCAUGCUAUGUAUUAAGUUAAAUAUGUGUUUGUUACCAAGAGAUUUCUGCCAAAUUCAAGGCAGUAGUGAUUUAUAUCUGAUUCUCUUUCUAUUUGACUGAUUGCCUAGUCUGUCUCUAGAUUCAAUAAGGACUGAGUUAUAAACAACUUCUAAUCAUUCAUCAUUUUUUGUUGAUCAAUUGUUUGUCGUGUUGCUGUCAACUGUUAACAUACCCAGUAAAAUUUAUUUAGUAUAGUUUGUACUUGAGGACUUCUUUUCCCCCUUUACUUUUUUACUGUAUUGUUUACCAAAAGUAAAUUUUUACCAAAAGUAAACAGCUUCGUGACCUCAUUUGUGUUUUCUUAUAGGACACAAUGUUUGUACUUUCAAGUUAAAACUAAAAUUGUCUCUUGGUUGUGCAUUGUUCAGCCCGAUGUAGAUUUAAAUUGUUGAGUGCUUAUUAUCUGACUGUUAAACUAUUAGGCAUAGUCUUUAACUGUAGCUUUUUUUUUAAAUAGUUUUGUCAUACUUUUCCAAAAAUAUUUUGUUGUUGUUGUGUUGUUCCUGUUUUGACAGGUAAUUGUUGCUUUACCUUUUUACCUUAUUACACAGGUGUGUCAUAUUUUGCAUAUCGAUUUGAAUUAUUUCGUCCCUUUUUAUCUUGAAGAAAUCGACGAAAUAUUUCUACCUUUGUGAUUGCCAAUGCGUUUUUGAUUUUUCUUCCUCAAAUCAUUAAGUUGUGCCAAGCUAAUGUACGGUGUAUUUUUGGUGAAACAGGGUAUACGUCUGAGUUACUAGUUUAAUGUCUGUAAUUAUUAAAUUGAAUGUCUAUUUAAAUGUUCUGUAUGUGUACUAUGCAUGUUUCUAAAUCUCAGAAAACAAAAAUAAAAUUUGUGUGAUAGUCUGA